AGCUCAAGCCAUCUGGUGUCGUGAUAUCCUUGUCUCCCUCCACCUGCCAGAACCUUGAACCCGAGAGCGUCCGACAUGACGGUGGAUGCGCAUGUAGCUGCCCGGAAGAGCGACGAGAGGGUGCAUAUGUGGGGCUCAUUGGUGCAAAUGAGCGUGCAGCAGCUCCGCAAGAUCCAGAAGGCAUGCCUCCAGAUCGCCAUUGCAGGACACCUGUUCGUAGGGAAAUACAAGAACAGGGAGCUUGUCCAGCGGUGGACGUCCUGCAUGCAUCCCAGGCUGACCUGGGACGGAGGGGGCCUGAAGUCUUCCUGGGAGAGCGGCGGCAACGGGACGGCCACGCACACCAAGUGCAAGCAGUGCGGCAUGAGGCUGCUGUACGAGGCGCGCAGUGCAGGACUCAACCCGAAGAGCGCGCCGGCCAAUAUCAAGAAGAGCAUGAUCUACAAGGCAGAGAGCAAGGUGAAGAACGAGAUCGACAUGGACUCGAGCCCAGGAGCAUGUGUCAUCUACGGGGGUCCACUCGAAGCUCAGGUGCGUCCUCCUCGUCCAGAGCCUCGUCUCACCGAGGGCAUGCUGCGGCAGAUGGUGGCCGACGCGGUGCAGCCCAUGGCAGGGGCGCUGCAGCAGCAGCAGGAGACGAUGAACCGGAUGAUCGCGCAGGCGGUGCAGCCGCUGGGCCAGGCCGUGCAGCAGCAGCACCAGGCCAUAUACCAGCUGGCGGCGACGGUUCACAUGAUGCAGCCGCCCGCGGCCUCGGUACCGGUGCCUGUGGAGGCGGAGAACCCUGUGGGCUGGGAACAGAUCGGCGAGGAGGACCCAGAGGUGAUCCCGAGGCCCGAGCAGAUCUGAGGCUCCGUGCAUUGACGGGCGCCGAAGCGCAGCAGUUCAGCAGCCAGGCCAGCGUGGUGCUGACCGGGUCCUCCCGCGCCCUGGCGUGGAGGAGGCCCCCCAACGCUCAGCGAAUCAGCAGAGCGUUCAGCAUGUGGCUGAAGAACGACAACGGCUGGCACCCAGUCAGCUCUGUGAUCCGGGCGAA